AGUUAUCGCUUUAUGCCGCCGCAACGCAUUGUCAUCGUUGAUAGUGAGGUCUGAGGCGUCGCGAUGUAUCUCUACAACUUGACCCUCCAGCGCUCGACAGGCAUCACAUGUGCCAUCCACGGUAACUUCUCGGGCACCAAGCAGCAGGAGAUAGUCGUCUCGAAGGGGAAAAUCCUUGAGUUACUGCGUCCCGAUCCUAACACUGGGAAAGUCUACACGCUCUUGUCGGUGGAGGUUUUCGGUGUGAUCCGAUCCAUUAUACCAUUUAGACUGACCGGUGGAACAAAAGAUUACCUUGUUGUGGGAUCAGAUUCUGGGAGGAUAGUCAUCCUAGAAUAUGUUCCUUCAAAGAAUGUGUUCGAAAGGAUUCAUCAAGAAACAUUUGGCAAGAGUGGAUGCCGUCGUAUAGUCCCUGGGCAGUUUCUGGCUGUUGACCCAAAAGGUCGUGCAGUCAUGAUAGGUGCAGUUGAAAAACAAAAACUUGUAUAUAUUUUGAACAGAGAUGCCCAGGCCCGUCUGACCAUCUCUUCGCCAUUAGAAGCCCAUAAAUCAAACACAUUGGUCUAUCACAUGGUUGGCGUUGAUGUCGGCUUUGAGAAUCCAACAUUUGCUUGUCUAGAAAUUGACUAUGAGGAAUCCGAUAGUGAUCCUACUGGAGAAGCUGCAACAAAAACACAACAAUUGUUGACCUACUAUGAGUUGGACCUUGGUUUGAAUCACGUUGUCAGGAAAUACUCCGAGCAAUUGGAGGAACAUGCUAAUUUCUUAAUAUCAGUUCCUGGUGGCAAUGAGGGACCAAGUGGUACAUUAAUUUGCUCGGAAAAUUACAUCACAUACAAAAAUUUUGGUGACCAGCCAGAUAUCCGGUGUCCUAUCCCGCGUCGAAGAAACGAUCUCGACGACCCUGAGCGGGGGAUGAUAUUUGUGUGUAGUGCUACUCAUAAAACAAAGUCCAUGUUUUUCUUCCUGGCACAAACAGAACAGGGUGACAUCUUCAAGAUCACCUUAGAAACGGACGAGGACAUGGUCACAGAAAUACGAUUGAAAUAUUUUGACACUGUGCCAGUGGCAGCAUCCAUGUGUGUCCUCAAAACGGGCUUCUUGUUCGUAGCCUCAGAGUUUGGAAAUCAUUUCCUUUAUCAAAUUGCUCAUCUCGGUGAUGAUGACGAUGAACCGGAAUUCAGCAGUGCCAUGCCCCUCGAGGAAGGAGAUACAUUCUUCUUCGCACCACGACCCCUCAAGAACUUGGUCAUCGUGGACGAAAUCGACAGCCUCUCUCCGAUUAUGAACUGUCAGAUUGCUGAUCUCGCGAAUGAGGAUACGCCACAGUUAUAUUGCCUGUGCGGAAGGGGACCACGGUCGACGUUGCGAGUACUUCGACAUGGUCUGGAGGUGUCUGAGAUGGCUGUGUCGGAACUGCCCGGUAAUCCCAAUGCUGUAUGGACAGUGAAAAAGAACAUUGAUGAUGAAUACGACGCUUACAUCAUUGUGUCCUUCGUGAACGCCACGCUUGUACUUUCCAUCGGAGAGACUGUCGAGGAGGUGACUGAUUCUGGUUUUCUUGGUACAACCCCAACGCUGUCUUGUUCCCAGUUGGGAGAUGAUGCUUUGGUCCAGAUCUAUCCUGACGGUAUUCGUCACAUUCGAUCAGAUAAACGUGUGAACGAAUGGAAGACUCCAGGAAAGAAGACGAUUGUGAAAUGUGCCGUGAACCAGCGACAAGUUGUCAUUGCGUUGACUGGAGGAGAGUUGGUCUACUUCGAGAUGGACCCCACCGGGCAGCUUAAUGAGUAUACGGAGAGGAAAGAGAUGUCUGCCGAUGUCAUCUGUAUGGGUCUCGGUCGAGUUCCUGUGGGCGAACAGCGAUGCCGGUUCCUGGCUGUGGGAUUGGCCGACAAUACUGUCCGAAUCAUCUCGUUAGAUCCAACAGAUUGUCUGUCUCCCUUGAGUAUGCAGGCCCUACCAGCCCCACCAGAGGCCUUGUGCAUCGUCGAGAUGGGAGGCACGGAAGCCAAGGAAGAGACUGGUGAAGCCGGUACCAUCGGUGGCCUCUUCCUCAAUAUUGGGUUACAGAAUGGUGUCCUGCUGAGGACAGUCCUUGACACAGUCACUGGUGACCUCUCAGAUACCAGGACGCGUUACCUUGGUUCGAGGGCUGUGAAGUUGUUCAGAAUCAGUAUGCAGGGCUCGGAGGCUGUUCUUGCUAUGUCAAGUCGAACAUGGUUGAGUUAUAGCUACCAAAAUCGUUUCCAUCUUACGCCGCUGUCCUAUGAGACUCUCGAGUACGCGUCGGGUUUCGCAUCAGAGCAGUGUCCAGAGGGUAUAGUAGCAAUCUCGACGAACACGCUGAGAAUUUUGGCAUUGGAGAAACUCGGUGCGGUGUUCAAUCAGGUGGCCACACCGUUGCAGUUCACGCCGAGAAAGUUUGUGAUACAUCCGGAGACGAAUAAUCUGAUCAUGAUCGAGACUGAUCACAACGCCUACACAGACACAACGAAGACACAGAGAAAGCAACAAAUGGCUGAGGAAAUGGUAGAAGCAGCACUCGAUGAGGAACAGGAAUUGGCAGCAGAGAUGGCCGCAGCAUUCCUGAAUGAGAAUCUGCCCGAGACGGUGUUCGGUGCGCCAAAAGCCGGCCAAGGAAUGUGGGCUUCGAUCAUCAGAAUCAUUAAUCCAAUAAAUGGAGAAACGAUCGAAAAGAUACAGUUGGAACAGAAUGAGGCAGCUCACAGUAUCUCGCUGGUGAAGUUUGCAAACCAAGGGGAAGAUCAGUUCAUCGUCAUCGGGACGGCAAAAGAGUUGGUCCUCAACCCACGUUUGUGCCCAGGAGGUUUCCUCAGGGUCUACAAAGUGACGAACGGCGGUGAAAAACUUGAAUUCCUCCACAGUACACCCGUGGAUGAUCUGCCCGGCGCUCUGGCACCAUUCCAGGGACGUCUGCUUGUGGGUAUUGGGAAAUAUCUCCGCAUUUACGACUUUGGAAAGAAGAAGUUAUUGAGGAAAUGUGAAAACAAGCAUUUACCAAACUUCAUCACCGGCAUCUACACCAUGGGAAACAGAAUUGUCGUGUCGGACGUCCAGGAGAGUUUCCAUUUCCUUCGCUACAAACGCCAGGAGAACCAGUUGAUCGUUUUUGCUGACGACACCCAUCCAAGAUGGCUGACGUGUGCCUGCAUGCUGGACUAUGGCUCCUUGGCAGCUGCGGAUAAGUUUGGCAAUCUUUCUAUCUUGCGAUUACCGCAGGAUGUAUCCGAUGACGUCGACGAAGACCCCACUGGGAACAAAGCGUUGUGGGAUCGAGGCUUGCUCAGCGGGGCCUCCCAAAAGAUGGACAUGAUCAACAGUUUCCAUGUAGGUGAGGUUGUGACGUCCGUUCAGAAAGCCACUCUCAUCCCAGGAGGGUCAGAAUCCCUCGUCUACACGACGUUGUCCGGUGGCAUAGGCAUGCUGGUGCCUUUCACAUCGCAUGAGGAUCAUGACUUCUUCCAACAUUUAGAGAUGCAUAUGAGAUCUGAGCACCCUCCCCUCUGCGGCAGAGACCAUCUCUCCUACAGAUCAUACUAUUUUCCAGUCAAGAAUGUUCUGGAUGGUGACCUGUGUGAAGCAUUCACUUCAAUGGACCCAAACAAACAGAAGAAUGUCGCAGAGGAACUCGACAGAACACCGAGCGAGGUGUCGAAAAAGCUGGAGGACAUCCGGACAAGAUAUGCUUUCUAAAUGUAUGUUCACACAUACUGAACACUGCCAUGGUUGUUGUGCAUGCAAUGGACUGCCGAAUUAUUCAAGAUGGCCUGUACUGUGGCCAGCAAAGAUGAGCCGUUUCAUCGUGACAACUGAAUUUAUUUCAUCUUCAUUCCAUGGACCUAAAAUUACUAAAAAUAUUCAUGGUGGGCUGAUGAAUAUCCACUUACAGUUGUUCUGGAUGGCCUACUGAUUGUAUUGUUUUGACAGCUGUUCAUUGGGUACAGAUUGACAAUUGGGAUGAGGUCAAGGAAUACUAAUAAAGCUUGUAUGCUGUAUUAUAUAUUUUCGUUGAUUUUGUAGGACUCGAAGUAUGUGUUGUGAAUUUCUCCAAAAAAGCCCAGUUUCAACUCUGCACAUCAAACAUGAAAUUUUCACGACGCCAUAUUUUGUCAGAUUAGCUCAUUUUCACUUGGUGAUAGACUAAUAUGCGAUAGCUGCAGAAAUGAAAUGGUUAAUGCAUAAGUGUUGAAAUAUUAACGCUUAUUAGAUUCGUGUUUGAUGGUGCAUUCACCAAAAUAGUGAAAAUUUUGCGGUUUAAAGUAUUCAUAAUCUUGAUUUACCCAUCUUGGCAUUCUACAAAGUUGAAAACAAUGUAUUUUCUCCCUUGAUUUCUCUAAUGAGGAGAAAUCGUAAACAUAUUUCGUGCAAGUUUGAAUUCUAGUUUAUGCUUAAACUUUUAUCCGUGUAGAACAGCUCCUUUGGUCUCAUGAAAAAUGAAAUAUUGUACAAUUAUGACUGAUGUAAAUUAAAAUACACUAAUAAAUGUGUUUUCUUAUGAA